AUGGCUCGUUUAAAAGUACAGAACAAAAAUACAAAAGCUCAUCACGAGGAAAAGAAAAGAAGGCAGCGCGAAGCUAUGAGAAGGCUACGUGAAUCAAGGCGACAGGAUCCAGAGAAGUAUGAAGAAGACAAGCGAAAAGAACGGGAACGGUAUUACCGGAGAAAAGAAGCAGGCCAAAUUAAAACCAUUGACCAAAUGUCAGAAAGAGAAAAACGGAAUCAAAGGAAAGAGUGGCGGAAUAGAAGUAAAAAACACUAUCUUGGAAAGAAAAAUGCAAAGGAGCUCGAGCUUAAAUUACAAGAAAACUCACCACCCGCCACUCCAAUCCCGGAAGAACUAAUGGCUGAAGCACCAUAUGAUGAAAUACUUCAAGAAAGAGAUGAUGGAAGAAAGAGGCAAGGCAGGUCACGAAGAAGAAAACACGUAAAGGCUCUAAGAAAAGAAAUAGAUUUGUUAAAAGUUAAACUGGAAAAAGAGAAAAGAAAGAAGGAAAAAUAUAGAAUGAGACUAAAAAGAGUAAAAAAGCGACUGCACAAAAACAUAGAUUCGCCUGAAAAAAAAGUGGAUGCACUAAUCAAGGGACAAACCGAUUCUCCUGCUGUUAAGAAAAAACUGUUAUUUUCAGAAGUUAUAGCGAAACAGUUAACAGAAAAUUAUCGGGUUCUUACAAAUCCUGCACAUAAAAGAACAUUUUGGAAAAAUAUUUCUGGAAAUGUUGUAAAAAAGUACAAACAAAUAUAA